AUGGCGAUGGGCAGGAUGAGGUGAAGAGGAGGAGGAGGAGGAGGAGAGGGAAACACUGAAAAAAAAAAAAAAAAAAAAAGAAGAAAAUAAGAAGAAGAAAGAAAGGAAAAAAUAUAUAUAUGAAACAGGGGGAGAGGAAAAAUAUAAAAAGGGAUAUAUAGGAAAAAGAAAAAGGAAAGAGGGACGGGGAUGCAAGCGGCGCUGGCGCGGUGAUUUCCUCUCCCCCCCUCCCUCUACUCCAAAAGGCGAAAAAAAAAGGAAAAAGCAGAAAUAAGGCAGCCAAAAGAAAAAAAAAAAAGGGGGGGAAAAAAGCCACCAAACCAGCAAGCCACCCAACCCACCAAUUCCUUGUUUUUUUCAUGGAGAGCACAAACCCCAGGCCAGCGGAGGAGGACCGGGACUCCUCAGCGCGGAGACCUUUGCAUCAAAAUGCUGAUAGUCGAAAAAACGACUGACUACCCUUCGGCUGAGUACUCCCUGGUGGAGGAUGUAGCCCUCCACUUCACGUGUUUGAUGGACAGACUGAACGAGCAGCGCCUCUUUCAGCCGGACCUGUGCGACGUGGACAUCGUGCUGGUGCAGCACAAGAGCAUCUUCCCGGCGCACAAGGGGGUCCUGGCAGCCUACAGCCAGUUCUUCCACUCCCUCUUCACCCAGAACAAGCAGCUGCAGCGCGUGGAGCUCUCUCUGGAGGCCCUCACCUCGCAGGGCCUCCAGCAGAUCCUCAACUUCAUCUACACCUCCAAGCUGCUCGUCAACUCCUGCAAUGUGCAGGACGUGCUGAACGCGGCCGCCGUGCUGCAGAUGAACAACAUCGCGUCGUCCUGCCAGGACCUGCUGGACACGCGCUCGCUCAGCCUGGCCGCCGACAUGGCCCUGCCCGCCGAGGGCUGCGCCGGGCCCCCGCCCUACUACUGCGAGAUCAAGCAGGAGGUGGACGCCCCCCACCCCAAAAUCUACGCCCGGGAGGGCAACGACCCCUUCUCGGUGCGGGUGGAGGACGGGACGGGCAGCGGGACGCUCCCGCCAGGCCCAGCCAAGCAGUACUACAAGGAGGAGAAGGAUGGAGGUGCCGGUGCUGUGUGUAAGAUGGAGGGAGAGGAGUCCGAGGAGGACCUGGAUAGCCAGGGCUCCUACAACCGUGAGCAGAUCAUCGUGGAGGUGAACCUCAACAACCAGACCCUCAACGUCUCCAAGGGCACGGAGGGGAAGGCGGCCGCCAGCGAGGCGGCCGUGAUGGGGCGGCCGGACGGGGAUGGGCGCGACACAGAGGAGGAUGGGGAGGAGGAGAAUGAGGAAGGGGAGGAGGAGGAGGAAGAGGAGGAGGAUGCGGAGGUGGGGGAGGAGGAGGAGGAGGAGCGCAGUGAGGAGGAAGACCUGGAGGAGACGACGGAAGAAGAGGACGAUGACGAUGAGGAUGCCUCAGAGAUGAAAAGGGAAAAGAGCGGGCAGCCCCGCAGGGGCAGCCGGGCAUCCAAAGCCACCAAACCUGCCAUGGCAACCAGGUCCCAGGAGAUGGCCAAGGUGGAAGAGGAGGAGGAGGAGGAAGAAGAAGAAGGCCAGAGGGGAAGGAAGAGAAAGAAGGAGCAAGAUGGCUUGGGCCAGAAGGUGAAGCUGGAGGAGAAGCAGCAUUACCCAUGCAAGAAGUGUCCCCGGAUCUUCAACAACCGCUGGUACCUGGAGAAGCACAUGAACGUCACGCACAGCCGGAUGCAGAUCUGCGACAAGUGCGGGAAACGCUUCCUGCUGGAGAGCGAGCUCCUGCUGCACCACCAGACCGACUGUGAGAAGAACAUCCAGUGCGUGACGUGUGGGAAGGGGUUCAAGAAGCUCUGGUCUCUCCACGAGCACAACAAGAUUGUCCAUGGCUAUGCAGAGAAGAAGUUCUCCUGUGAGAUCUGUGAGAAGAAGUUCUACACCAUGGCCCACGUGCGCAAACACAUGGUUGCACACACCAAGGACAUGCCCUUCACCUGUGAGACCUGCGGGAAGUCCUUCAAGCGCAGCAUGUCCCUCAAGGUCCACUCGCUGCAGCACUCCGGGGAAAAGCCUUUCAAAUGCGAGAACUGCAACGAGCGCUUCCAGUACAAGUACCAGCUGCGCUCCCACAUGAGCAUCCACAUCGGCCACAAGCAGUUCAUGUGCCAGUGGUGUGGCAAGGACUUCAACAUGAAGCAGUACUUCGAUGAGCACAUGAAGACGCACACGGGGGAGAAGCCCUACAUCUGUGAGAUCUGCGGGAAGAGCUUCACCAGCCGCCCCAACAUGAAGCGGCACCGCCGCACCCACACCGGGGAGAAGCCGUACCCGUGCGACGUCUGCGGCCAGCGCUUCCGCUUCUCCAACAUGCUCAAGGCCCACAAGGAGAAAUGUUUCCGCGUCAGCAACCCCCUGGCUUCGGACACGGCCGCCCCCCAGCCCGCCACCAGCCCGGCUCCGCUGCCCCCCGGCCCCGGCGUGUCCCCGCUGCCCCUGCCGCUGCUCCACCCUCUCCCACAGAGCCUCCCUCCUCCUCCUCACCUACCGCCACCCCCCUCCCCUGUUUCCUGCGGGGAGGAUAAAUUCAAACAACAAUUAGGUGCCCCCCUCUACCCCUGCACGGACUGCGCUGCCCUUCGGGAACGCCUUUCCCCCCGGGGAGCCAAGGCUUUGCUUGCUCUCUGCCCCGUCCCCCAUCCCUCCUCAUUUUGGGGUUGUUUUGGGUUUUUAUUCCUCAUUCUCACCCGUCAUUCUCUGCAGAGAGGGGGAGCAGGAGGAAGCCCCCCGGGAGGAGCGUGGGUGUUGGGGGGAAGGCGGCCGUCCGUCCAUAAGGUGUAGGUAGAAUGUGUCACUCUCAGUUUCAUCUCCCCACACACCAGCUCCAUCUUCCUGCUGGGAUGCUGGUGAGGCUGGGAGGAGCAGGAUGUCCGGGCUUGAGCUUGCUGGCUGGUGCAUCAAUAUUUCUAAGCUGAAUUUUAGUUAGUGGUGCUUGAAUCCCUGUACUGUAAAGCUGGUCUUUCAAGUCAGGCUCUUCACCCACGGGGUGGAAAGGUGGGCACCCCAGAGGAGCCCACCACUGCCAGCCCCAGUGGCCCGUGGCGAGCGAGCAGAUGUCCCCACUGGAAAGCCAUUAGCAUGCUCUCAUUAGCAGCCCUCGACUUGUCUUCCUUCCCUACAACAGGUUUUCCUCCUCCACAGGCAAAAGCACAAACACCCACC